AUGAUUGCUCCGGAAAGCUCGCAGACCACUUCGUCCGCCUCCUUUGCCUCCGUAUCUUCCGGCGCAAAUUUUGCCGCUUCCAUCGUGCCGGCUGUAGCAGCUCCUAAAAGCUUCCAAGCCAUGGCGGAAGCGGCCGGCGCGCCGGUUUUCACGCCGUGGAGCUCGCUGUUCGGUGGAGUGCUUAUCGGCGUGGCGGCGACGCUGCACCUGCUGAUGUCGGGCCGCAUCAUGGGCGCCUCGGGAAUAAUUAACGGCGCUAUUUCCGGCGCUUCUGAUUGGCCAUUCCGCGUCGCGUUCCUCGCGUCCAUGCUGGCCGUCGGAUGCGCAGCGCACUCCGCGCUGCCCUCCGCGUUCGGCGCGCCCACCUUCCCCUCGCCCGCGCAAGACCCCAUCGCAUCCGUCAUUCUCCCCGCAGUCGCCGGUGUACUCGCGGGAUUCGGCUCUCAGCUCGGCAGCGGGUGCACGUCGGGCCACGGAGUGUGUGGCUUGCCGCGCCUCUCCAUCCGCAGCCUCGUGGCGGUCUGCACCUUCAUGACCACAGGCGCCAUCGCCUCCAUGCUCUCCAAUGCGCUGCUGCCACCUGUCGCCUCUGCCGCAUCCGUUGCCCCGCCUGCUAACGCCUGGAUGGCUGCUCUCUCAGUGAGUGCGGCCUCGCUGCUGCUGCUGCUCGUCAGAAGCAUCGUUUCGCCGCCCGCCCCACCUUCAGUCGCAAAGGACGAGCCACCCAAGGCAGCAGCGCCAGGGGCAAUGCCGCCCAUUCUGCUUCUCUCCUCCGUGCUCUCAGGAGCAGUCUUUGCGCUUGGCCUCACCUUCAGUGGCAUGCUCAACCCAGCCAAGGUGAAGGCCUUUUUGGACCCCAUCCAUGGGUGGGACCCCAGCCUGGCGUUCGUGAUGGGGGGAGCCGUGCUCUUCAAUAUAGUCACAUUCCACUUCAUUCUCAAGCAACGGCAUCCGCUACUGGCCCCGUCUUUCGCGCUCCCCACUCGAAAAGACAUCACUAAGGAGCUGGUCCUUGGGUCGGCAAUCUUUGGACUUGGUACACGGGGCAGCGAGCCAUGCGAGUGGUAUUUGGUAGAUGAGGAGGGGGAACGGGAGGAGGACAAGGAGCGAGAGGGGGGGGGUGAAGAGGCGGAAGAGGGGGAAGUGGAGGGGGGAGAGGGGGAAAAAGAUGGGGAAGGAGAGGGGGAAGAGGGGGAAGAGGGGGAACAGUGGGAAGAGGAGGCGGAAGAGUGGGAAGAGGAGGGGGAAGGCGACAUGUACUGGCAUGUGGUGGGGCGGAGGGAGAGUGUGAUGGGGCGGAGGGAGAGUGUGAUGGGGCGGAAGGAGAGUGUGAUGGGGCGGAAGGAGAGUGUGAUGGGGCGGAAGGAGAGUGUGAUGGGGCGGAAGGAGAGUGUGAUGGGGCGGAAGGAGAGUGUGAUGGGGCGGAAGGAGAGUGUGAUGGGGCGGAAGGAGAGUGUGAUGGGGCGGAAGGAGAGUGUGAUGGGGCGGAGGGAGAGUGUGAUGGGGCGGAGGGAGAGUGUGAUGGGGCGGAGGGAGAGUGUGAUGGGGCGGAGGGAGAGUGUGAUGGGGCGGAAGGAGAGUGUGAUGGGGCGGAAGGAGAGUGUGAUGGGGCGGAAGGAGAGUGUGAUGGGGCGGAGGGAGAGUGUGAUGGGGCGGAAGGAGAGUGUGAUGGGGCGGAAGGAGAGUGUGAUGGGGCGGAAGGAGAGUGUGAUGGGGCGGAAGGAGAGUGUGAUGGGGCGGAAGGAGAGUGUGAUGGGGCGGAAGGAGAGUGUGAUGGGGCGGAAGGAGAGUGUGAUGGGGCGGAAGGAGAGUGUGAUGGGGCGGAAGGAGAGUGUGAUGGGGCGGAGGGAGAGUGUGAUGGGGCGGAAGGAGAGUGUGAUGGGGCGGAGGGAGAGUGUGAUGGGGCGGAGGGAGAGUGUGAUGGGGCGGAGGGAGAGUGUGAUGGGGCGGAAGGAGAGUGUGAUGGGGCGGAAGGAGAGUGUGAUGGGGCGGAAGGAGAGUGUGAUGGGGCGGAAGGAGAGUGUGAUGGGGCGGAAGGAGAGUGUGAUGGGGCGGAAGGAGAGUGUGAUGGGGCGGAAGGAGAGUGUGAUGGGGCGGAAGGAGAGUGUGAUGGGGCGGAAGGAGAGUGUGAUGGGGCGGAAGGAGAGUGUGAUGGGGCGGAAGGAGAGUGUGAUGGGGCGGAGGGAGAGUGUGAUGGGGCGGAAGGGAGAGUGUGAUGGGGCGGAGGGAGAGUGUGAUGGGGCGGAGGGAGAGUGUGAUGGGGCGGAGGGAGAGUGUGAUGGGGCGGAAGGAGAGUGUGAUGGGGCGGAAGGAGAGUGUGAUGGGGCGGAAGGAGAGUGUGAUGGGGCGGAGGGAGAGUGUGAUGGGGCGGAAGGAGAGUGUGAUGGGGCGGAAGGAGAGUGUGAUGGGGCGGAAGGAGAGUGUGAUGGGGCGGAAGGAGAGUGUGAUGGGGCGGAAGGAGAGUGUGAUGGGGCGGAAGGAGAGUGUGAUGGGGCGGAAGGAGAGUGUGAUGGGGCGGAAGGAGAGUGUGAUGGGGCGGAGGGAGAGUGUGAUGGGGCGGAAGGAGAGUGUGAUGGGGCGGAGGGAGAGUGUGAUGGGGCGGAGGGAGAGUGUGAUGGGGCGGAGGGAGAGUGUGAUGGGGCGGAAGGAGAGUGUGAUGGGGCGGAAGGAGAGUGUGAUGGGGCGGAAGGAGAGUGUGAUGGGGCGGAGGGAGAGUGUGAUGGGGCGGAGGGAGAGUGUGAUGGGGCGGAAGGAGAGUGUGAUGGGGCGGAAGGAGAGUGUGAUGGGGCGGAAGGAGAGUGUGAUGGGGCGGAAGGAGAGUGUGAUGGGGCGGAAGGAGAGUGUGAUGGGGCGGAAGGAGAGUGUGAUGGGGCGGAAGGAGAGUGUGAUGGGGCGGAAGGAGAGUGUGAUGGGGCGGAGGGAGAGUGUGAUGGGGCGGAAGGAGAGUGUGAUGGGGCGGAGGGAGAGUGUGAUGGGGCGGAGGGAGAGUGUGAUGGGGCGGAGGGAGAGUGUGAUGGGGCGGAAGGAGAGUAUGAUGGGGCGGAAGGAGAGUGUGAUGGGGCGGAAGGAGAGUGUGAUGGGGCGGAAGGAGAGUGUGAUGGGGCGGAAGGAGAGUGUGAUGGGGCGGAAGGAGAGUGUGAUGGGGCGGAAGGAGAGUGUGAUGGGGCGGAAGGAGAGUGUGAUGGGGCGGAAGGAGAGUGUGAUGGGGCGGAAGGAGAGUGUGAUGGGGCGGAAGGAGAGUGUGAUGGGGCGGAAGGAGAGUGUGAUGGGGCGGAAGGAGAGUGUGAUGGGGCGGAAGGAGAGUGUGAUGGGGCGGAAGGAGAGUGUGAUGGGGCGGAGGGAGAGUGUGAUGGGGCGGAGGAGAGUGUGAUGGGGCGGAGGGAGAGUGUGAUGGGGCGGAGGGAGAGUGUGAUGGGGCGGAGGGAGAGUGUGAUGGGGCGGAAGGAGAGUGUGAUGGGGCGGAAGGAGAGUGUGAUGGGGCGGAAGGAGAGUGUGAUGGGGCGGAGGGAGAGUGUGAUGGGGCGGAAGGAGAGUGUGAUGGGGCGGAAGGAGAGUGUGAUGGGGCGGAAGGAGAGUGUGAUGGGGCGGAAGGAGAGUGUGAUGGGGCGGAAGGAGAGUGUGAUGGGGCGGAAGGAGAGUGUGAUGGGGCGGAAGGAGAGUGUGAUGGGGCGGAAGGAGAGUGUGAUGGGGCGGAAGGAGAGUGUGAUGGGGCGGAGGGAGAGUGUGAUGGGGCGGAAGGAGAGUGUGAUGGGGCGGAGGGAGAGUGUGAUGGGGCGGAGGGAGAGUGUGAUGGGGCGGAGGGAGAGUGUGAUGGGGCGGAACGAGAGUGUGAUGGGGCGGAAGGAGAGUGUGAUGGGGCGGAAGGAGAGUGUGAUGGGGCGGAGGGAGAGUGUGAUGGGGCGGAAGGAGAGUGUGAUGGGGCGGAAGGAGAGUGUGAUGGGGCGGAAGGAGAGUGUGAUGGGGCGGAAGGAGAGUGUGAUGGGGCGGAAGGAGAGUGUGAUGGGGCGGAAGGAGAGUGUGAUGGGGCGGAAGGAGAGUGUGAUGGGGCGGAAGGAGAGUGUGAUGGGGCGGAAGGAGAGUGUGAUGGGGCGGAGGGAGAGUGUGAUGGGGCGGAAGGAGAGUGUGAUGGGGCGGAGGGAGAGUGUGAUGGGGCGGAGGGAGAGUGUGAUGGGGCGGAGGGAGAGUGUGAUGGGGCGGAAGGAGAGUGUGAUGGGGCGGAAGGAGAGUGUGAUGGGGCGGAAGGAGAGUGUGAUGGGGCGGAAGGAGAGUGUGAUGGGGCGGAAGGAGAGUGUGAUGGGGCGGAAGGAGAGUGUGAUGGGGCGGAAGGAGAGUGUGAUGGGGCGGAAGGAGAGUGUGAUGGGGCGGAAGGAGAGUGUGAUGGGGCGGAAGGAGAGUGUGAUGGGGCGGAAGGAGAGUGUGAUGGGGCGGAAGGAGAGUGUGAUGGGGCGGAGGGAGAGUGUGAUGGGGCGGAAGGAGAGUGUGAUGGGGCGGAGGGAGAGUGUGAUGGGGCGGAGGGAGAGUGUGAUGGGGCGGAGGGAGAGUGUGAUGGGGCGGAAGGGAGAGUGUGAUGGGGCGGAAGGAGAGUGUGAUGGGGCGGAAGGAGAGUGUGAUGGGGCGGAAGGAGAGUGUGAUGGGGCGGAAGGAGAGUGUGAUGGGGCGGAAGGAGAGUGUGAUGGGGCGGAAGGAGAGUGUGAUGGGGCGGAAGGAGAGUGUGAUGGGGCGGAAGGAGAGUGUGAUGGGGCGGAAGGAGAGUGUGAUGGGGCGGAGGGAGAGUGUGAUGGGGCGGAGGGAGAGUGUGAUGGGGCGGAGGGAGAGUGUGAUGGGGCGGAGGGAGAGUGUGAUCGGGCGGAGGGAGAGUGUGAUGGGGCGGAGGGAGAGUGUGAUGGGGCGGAGGGAGAGUGUGAUGGGGCGGAAGGGAGAGUGUGA